GCACUGUGCGCACUCUCACGGCUGGUGUAACGGCAGCACUCCCCUCUUAUUUCCUCUUGAAAGUUGUGCAUUUCCUCUUUGUUGUGUAUUAGUUCUUGUGUGUACAGAGCUCUCUCUCUCUCUCCAUCAGGACAUGGACUGCGCUCUGGACCAGAUGGAUGCUGCAGGAUUUCUGCGCAUUUGGCACCACUUCGAUGCAGACGAUAACGGCUAUAUCGAGGGGAAGGAGCUGGACGCGUUUUUUCGGCACCUUCUGAUCAAGCUGGGUCCUGGGGAUAAGAUAACGGAGGAGAAAGUGCAGCAGCUGAAGGCCAGGUUCAUGUCUGUCUACGACGUCACUGCUGACGGUCGCCUGCAGAUCCAGGAACUUGCCAAUAUGAUCCUACCAGAAGAAGAGAACUUCCUGUUGCUAUUCCGUCGUGAAGCUCCUCUGGACAACAGUGUGGAGUUUAUGAAGAUCUGGAGGAAGUAUGAUGCAGACAGCAGUGGUUAUAUAUCUGCAGCAGAACUGAGGAACUUUCUGAAGGAUCUUUUUCAACAGCACAAAAAGGAAGUGUCCCCCGACAAGCUGGAUGAAUACACGGAUACCAUGAUGAAUGUAUUUGACAAGAACAAAGAUGGCCGCUUGGAUCUGACUGAUUUAGCGAGAAUCCUGGCUCUCCAGGAGAACUUCCUCUUGCAGUUCAAUAUCGACGCGACCUCUCGGGAGGAAAGAAAACAGGACUUUGAAAAGAUCUUCGCUCAUUAUGAUGUUAGUAAGACGGGCGCUCUGGAGGGACCAGAGGUGGAUGGAUUUGUCAAAGACAUGAUGGAGCUGGUCAGGCCGAGUCUCUCGGGCCCGGAGCUGGACCAGUUCAGAGUCGUGCUGCUGCGCCACUGUGACGUUAAUCAAGAUGGAAAGAUCCAGAAGAACGAACUGGCUCUGUGUUUAGGGGUCAAACCUAAACUUUAGUCCAUGUUUGGUGUUUAUUUCAUGGUGUGACACUAGGAGUGGUUUUUGGGUUUUUUUGCAAAUGUACCAUUAUAUAAUCUUUCAGUACUGUUACAGACGCGUGCUAAUAAUUUCCUUUGUUAGAUCUUUUCACCGGGUCGCUGCUGUUGUGGUUUGUUGAAAGAUGAGUCAGGAGGCAUUUUCCAGCAAAUGCUUUUAUAUCCAUGAGAUAAUAACCAUAUCACUCAUCGUUAUUGUGUGUGUGUGUGUGAGAGCACAAACAGCUGUAAGCCAGAGCAGCACCAUGUUUGUUUUGCUAGUUCCAGCGUUCAGUGACCUGUGCUUUCAUCAUUAAGACUUGUCAAAGGUUUUAAAAGCUGAACAAGCUAAUACACACAACCAUGCUAACCCCCCAGUUGUCAUUUAGCAGCAGUAUUUAAUGUUAGCUAGCCAAGUUUGCUAACUACUGCUAUAAAGCUAUCAAAAAAAGAAGUGAUUCACUGCCUCAUGGUUUCUGUCAGGAUUUAACAAUUCAUUACUCACUCAGUUAGCGAGGAUCAUGUUAAUGUUGGCGCUUGUUGUAUUUUUUUGCCUUGUUGCAGCAGCGCCAUCCACAGUUUGAAUUUAAACUCUUGAGUUGGAUCUCAUGACGUCGUCUUAUCGGAGUACGUGGUGGCAGCAGCGACACGUUUUGCUGAGUCAUGGUGUUUUUAAAUUGUGCUAGCAGUGUUUAAUGUGAUUUAAUUUGACUCUUUAAAACAAAAGCAAAUCCCAUGGUUCUGUUCAUGGUCCAGAUGGAAGGGUUCGGUGAAGGUGUAAUUAUCAGCACGUGUCUGUCUUGUCGCGUGGAAGUACACUGCGGUGUGUUAUUAGCCGUUAGCAGUUGCAUGUGCUGUGGUGUUUUUUUUGCUCAAACGUGUUCAGAAUUUUGCACUUUGAUGCUCGACACUUGGUUGUUUCUUGUGAUGUGAUCUUGACUGAUGAAUAAAGGUUAAAGCUACGUACAAAAAAA